AUGUCGGCCGCCGGUAGCAGCCUGCCCGCGCACUUCAUCGGCCUCAAUACCGUCGACGUCGCUCCCAGCAGCCCCGUCAAGGACUUUGUCCAGAGCAAUGGUGGUCACACCGUCAUCAGAUCCAUUCUCAUCGCAAACAAUGGUAUCGCCGCCGUAAAAGAGAUCCGUAGUGUCCGGAAAUGGGCCUACGAGACCUUCGGCGACGAGCGCGCCAUCCUCUUCACCGUCAUGGCCACGCCUGAAGAUCUCAGAGCAAACGCAGACUACAUCCGCAUGGCGGACCAGUACGUCGAAGUCCCCGGCGGCACCAACAACAACAACUACGCAAACGUCGAGCUCAUCGUCGACGUCGCCGAGCGAAUGAACGUCGACGCCGUCUGGGCCGGCUGGGGUCACGCAUCCGAAAAUCCUGACCUCCCAGAGUCCCUCGCCGCAUCUCCCCGACGCAUCGUCUUCAUCGGUCCCCCUGGUUCGGCAAUGCGCUCGCUCGGCGACAAAAUUUCCUCCACAAUCGUCGCCCAGCACGCUAAAGUUCCUUGCAUUCCCUGGUCCGGAACCGGCGUCAACCAGGUCGUCGUCGAUCCAAAGACAAACCUCGUCACCGUCGCUGAUGACGUAUACGCCCUCGGUUGCACCGCCGAUGCCGAUGCCGCCCUCGCAAAAGCCCGUACGAUCGGUUUUCCGGUCAUGAUCAAGGCCUCUGAGGGUGGUGGUGGAAAGGGUAUUCGAAAAGUCGACAGCGAAGACAAUUUCAAUGCUCUCUUUUCCCAAGUCGCUGGUGAAGUCCCCGGAUCGCCCAUCUUCGUCAUGAAACUCGCCGGCAACGCCCGCCAUCUCGAGGUCCAAUUGCUUGCCGAUCAGUAUGGCAACAACAUCUCGCUCUUUGGCCGUGACUGCUCCGUCCAGCGACGUCACCAAAAGAUCAUCGAAGAGGCUCCCGUCACCGUCGCCAACCCGGCCACCUUCAACGCCAUGGAGCAAGCCGCCGUCAGAUUAGGCAAACUGGUCGGCUACGUCUCCGCCGGUACCGUCGAAUAUCUCUACUCCCACGAAGACGACAAGUUUUAUUUCCUCGAGCUCAACCCCCGUCUUCAGGUCGAGCAUCCCACAACCGAAAUGGUCACCGGCGUUAACCUUCCUGCGGCUCAGCUGCAAAUCGCCAUGGGCAUCCCGCUCCACCGCAUUCGCGACAUCAGACUCUUCUACGGCGUUGACCCGCACACCACCACCGAGAUCGACUUUGACUUUUCGAACGAGAAUUCGCUCCAGACCCAGCGUCGUCCUGUCCCCAAGGGCCACACCACCGCCUGCAGAAUCACCUCCGAGGACCCCGGCGAGGGAUUCAAGCCUUCCAGCGGUGUCAUGCACGAGCUCAACUUCAGAUCGAGCUCGAACGUCUGGGGUUACUUCUCCGUCGGUAACCAGGGUGGUAUCCACUCGUUCUCUGACUCUCAGUUUGGUCAUAUCUUUGCCUUUGGCGAGAACCGCAGCGCCAGUCGCAAGCACAUGGUCGUCGCUCUCAAGGAGCUCUCGAUCCGUGGUGAUUUCAGAACUACUGUCGAGUAUCUCAUCAAGCUCCUGGAGACCCCUGAUUUCGAGUCAAACAAGAUCACCACCGGAUGGCUCGACGAGCUCAUCUCCAAGAGACUCACUGCCGAGAGACCUGAUCCCACCAUCGCCGUCAUCUGCGGUGCCGUCACAAAGGCUCAUCUGGCCUCCGAGGCCUGCAUCCAGGAGUACAAGAAAUCGCUUGAGAAGGGUCAGAUCCUCUCAAAGGACGUUCUGAAGACUCUUUACCCCGUUGACUUUAUCUACGAAGGUAACCGAUACAAGUUCACGGUCACUCGCUCGUCCCUUGAGACGUAUCAGAUCUUCAUCAACGGUUCCAAGUGCCUCGUCGGUGUCAAAGCCUUGAGCGAUGGCGGCCUUCUUGUCCUCCUCGGUGGCAAGAGUCACAACGUCUACUGGAAGGAAGAGGUCGGAACCACUCGUCUCAGUGUCGACUCAAAGACAUGCUUGCUCGAGCAGGAGAACGAUCCUACUCAGCUUAGAACCCCAUCUCCAGGAAAGCUUGUCAAGUUCCUUGUUGAGAACGGCGAGCAUGUCAAGACUGGCCAGCCGUUUGCUGAGGUCGAGGUCAUGAAGAUGUACAUGCCCUUGAUUGCUCAAGAAGAUGGUAUCGUCCAGCUCAUCAAGCAGCCCGGUGCCACUCUCGAGGCUGGCGAUAUCCUUGGAAUCCUAGCCCUUGACGAUCCUUCGCGCGUCAAGCACGCCAAGCCUUUCGAGGGCCAGCUCCCGGAUUUCGGUUUGCCGCAGGUCAUCGGUAACAAGCCCUCGCAGCGAUUCCAGCUUCUUCUCGGAACUCUGAGAAACAUCUUGCAAGGCUUUGACAACCAGGUCGCCAUGAUCAGCACUCUCAACGAGAUCCGCGACGUCCUGCGAAACAAUGAGCUGCCUUACUCUGAGUGGAACGCGCAGUUCUCCGCCCUGCACAGUCGCAUCCCACAGAAGCUUGACGCCAACCUGAGCGGAAUCAUUGAGCGCGCAAAGUCUCGUAAUGCUGAAUUCCCGGCCAAGACGCUCCUUCGCGCUAUCGAAAAGUUCUCGCAGGAGUUUGUCAGCCAGGACCGACAGAUCUUUGAGCAGUCUGUCGAGCCCUUGGUCUCGGUCGCGACUAGAUACCAGGGUGGAUUGAAGGCUCAUGAGUUUGCUAUUCUCAAUGAGCUGUUGGAGGAAUAUCUCAAAGUUGAGACUUUGUUUUCUGGCCCCAAUGUUCGCGAGGAAGAUGUUAUCUUGCGUCUGCGAGACGAAAACAAGGAUGAUCUUAUCAAGGUCGUCAUGACUGUCUUCUCUCACGGACGUGUCGGAGCCAAGAACAACCUCAUUCUUGCGAUCCACAACGCCCUUCGCGCCGAUAAGGCUGAUGUGACCGAGAUCUCCAAGUACAUGCGCCCUGUUCUGAGGCGCUUUACUGAACUUGACUCCCGAGCCACCGCUCCUGUCGCUCUCAAGGCCCGCGAGCUUCUUAUCCAGUGCGCGCUCCCUUCGCUCAACGAGCGUACUGCGCAGCUCGAGCAUAUUCUGCGCACAUCAGUCAUCGAGUCGCACUACGGUGAGGCUGAGUUUGCGCAUCGCGCCCCGCGCAUGGAUGUGCUCAAGGAGGUCAUUGACUCGCAGUAUGUCGUUUUCGACGUGCUGCCAAAGUUCUUUGCUCACGAAGACCCGUAUGUCACUCUUGCGGCCUUGGAGCUCUACUGCCGCAGAGCUUACCGUGCCUACAACAUUGUGAGCGUGGAGCACCACAGCGAAAACGAGUCGUCUCCGGUGUUGACCUUCAAGUUCAUUCUGUCGCCUAUUGGUAACCCCGCGUACAACGCUGUCGGCCAGGGCAGUGGCGCUCAGGAGAACGGGCAGGAUCUGCCUAGAGCGGCGUCGGUCUCUGACCUGACCUUUUUGGUUGGCAAGUCUGAUGGUGAGACCGUGCGCUCGGGAUUGAUUGUGUCUGUGGCUGAUCUUGACGAGAUCGAUGAGGUUCUUCCUCGGUCUCUUGAGUACCUUCCCCGCGCCGCGGGUGCUGGUAACGGCGGCCUUUCCUUUGCCGUCAAGUCCUCGCUUGAUUCGUUGCGGAGACCGGUUAACGUUCCCAAGGCCGAUGCGCUGAUCAACGUUGUGAGCAUUCUCGUGAAGUCUUCUGCGUAUGCUGAUGACGCCGAGCUGUACUCGCACAUCAAGUUCAUUAUCGACGAGUACAAGGAGGAAUUCUUGGCCCGCUCGAUCCGCCGUGUCACUGUGGUCUGCGGUCACGAGGAUGGUUCGUACCCCGGAUACUUCACCUUCCGCGGACCUGAAUACACCGAGGACGAGUCUAUCCGAAACAUCGAGCCCGCGUUGGCCUUCCAGCUCGAACUCGGACGUCUUUCGAACUUCAACUACAAGCCUAUCUUCACUGCCAACCGUAACAUUCACGUGUACCAGGCAGUGGGCAAAGAUGUUCCCAGUGACACGCGCUUCUUUGUGCGCGGCAUUGUCCGCCCCGGUCGUCUGCGCGAUGAGAUUCCUACCUCGGAGUACCUCAUUUCCGAGACUGACCGAUUGAUGUCCGACAUUCUUGAUGCCUUGGAGGUCAUUGGCUCGAGCAACUCGGAUAUGAACCAUAUCUUUAUUAAUUUCUCACCAAUUUUCCAUCUCGUCCCGGAGGAGGUCGAGGCUGCUUUUGGCCAGUUUUUGGAAAGAUUUGGAAGACGGCUGUGGAGACUGCGCGUUACUGGCGCGGAGAUUAGAAUCAUGUGCACGGAUCCGGAGACGAACGUGCCUUAUCCUCUGCGAGCUAUCAUCACCAACGUUUCGGGAUACGUUGUCACAAGUGAGCUUUACACUGAGGUCAAGAACGACAAGGGCCAGUGGGUGUUCAAGUCUCUGGGCAAGCCCGGAAACAUGCACCUGCGUCCCAUCAACUCGCCGUAUCCUACCAAGGAGUGGCUGCAGCCGAAGCGUUACAAGGCUCAUCUUAUGGGAACGACUUACGUCUAUGAUUUCCCGGAGCUCUUCAGCCAGGCGAUUCGUGCCAGCUGGCGUUCAACUAAGACCAAGAGCCCGGAGAAGGUGUUGACCUACAAGGAGCUGAUCAUGGACGACAGUGGUGAGAUCUCUGAAGUUUCGCGCGAGCCUGGUGCCAACACGUGCGGCAUGGUUGGCUGGAUUUUCACGGCUCUUACUCCUGAGUACCCCAACGGCCGCCAGUUCAUCGUGGUUGCAAACGACAUCACGUACAAGAUCGGCUCGUUCGGUCCACUCGAGGACAAGUUCUUCAAUCAAGUGACUGAGCUUGCGGUCAAGCUUGGAAUUCCUAGAAUCUACUUGUCUGCAAACUCGGGUGCCCGAAUUGGUGUUGCUGAUGAGUUCAUUGCUCUAUUCUCGGUCGCUUGGAACGAUGCAUCGAAGCCGGAGCUUGGCUUCAAGUACCUUUACCUCACUCCUGCGAUCUACGAGGGACUUUCACCUGCGGCGAAGAAGACGAUUGCCACUGAGCGCAUUGUUGAGGAUGGAGAAGAGCGAUACCAGAUCACGACCAUUAUCGGUGCCGAGGAUGGUCUUGGUGUCGAGUGUCUCCGUGGGUCUGGUUUGAUUGCCGGUGCGACUUCGAAGGCUUACAAGGACAUUUUCACAAUCACUCUUGUUACUUGCCGCUCUGUUGGUAUCGGUGCUUAUCUCGUUCGUCUUGGACAGCGUGCUAUCCAGAUCGAAGGCCAGCCGAUCAUUCUCACUGGCGCUCCGGCUAUCAACAAGCUUCUUGGUCGCGAGGUCUACACUUCGAACUUGCAGCUUGGUGGCACACAGAUCAUGUACAAGAACGGUGUGUCGCAUUUAACUGCGAACGACGAUCUUGCUGGUGUGUGUAAGAUUAUCGAGUGGAUGUCUUAUGUGCCGGCGCGCAAGCACGAGAAGCUGCCAGUCUAUCCUUCGACCGAUCCUUGGGACCGAGACGUUGUUUACGAGCCUCCCAAGCAGAUGAGCUACGACGUCAGAUGGCUGAUUGCUGGACGCGAGGACGACGAUGGAUUCCAGGCUGGUAUGUUUGACAAGAACUCGUUCCAGGAGACUCUGAGCGGCUGGGCGCGAACGGUGGUUGUUGGCCGUGCGCGCAUCGGCGGAAUUCCUGUCGGAGUUAUCGGCGUCGAGACUCGGUCGGUUGAGAACGUGAUCCCUGCUGAUCCUGCCAACCCUGAUUCGACCGAGCAGCUGACGCAGGAAGCCGGUCAGGUGUGGUACCCCAACUCUGCGUUCAAGACUGCCCAGGCUAUCAACGACUUCAACCACGGAGAGGAGCUGCCGCUUGUGAUUCUUGCCAACUGGCGUGGAUUCUCCGGUGGUCAGCGCGACAUGUACAACGAGGUUUUGAAGUACGGUGCUAUGAUUGUUGAUGCUUUGGUCGACUACAAGCAGCCUAUCUUUGUGUACAUUCCGCCUCAUGCCGAGCUCCGUGGAGGUUCGUGGGUCGUUAUCGAUCCUACGAUCAACGCUGAGCAGAUGGAGAUGUACGCGGACGAGGAGUCUCGCGCUGGAGUGCUCGAGCCUGAGGGUAUGGUUGGAAUCAAGUACCGCCGCGAGCGUCUGCUUGAGACCAUGAACCGUCUUGACCCAGUGUACGCAGAUCUUAAGCGUCAGCUUGAGAAGAAGGAUAUCUCGCCAGAGAUGGCUUCUGAUCUCAAGGUGAAGCUGCAGGAGCGCGAGACGGCGAUCAUGCCGGUGUACAGACAGAUCAGUCUGCAGUACGCGGACUUGCACGACCGUGCGGGCCGUAUGAAGAGCAAGGGUGCGAUUCGCGAGGUCUUGACAUGGCGCGACGCCCGUCGCUACUUUUACUGGCGUAUCAAGCGUCGUGUGCUUGAGAGCUACGUGCUGCGCGACUUGUCGGUCGCGAACGCGAAGGCGUCGCGCAUUGAGCGGGUUGCGCGCAUGAAGGCGUGGUAUGCCGAGGCGCAGCUUGACGAGACCUCCGACCAGCAGGUUGCCGAGUGGCUUUCAGAGAACGAGGCCGCGAUCAAGAGCAAGGUCGAGCAGGUGCGCAAGGACGCGAAGAUCGCCGAGAUGGUUUCGGUCGUGCGGGCGGACAAGGAUGUUUUGGUUGCGUCGUUGAAGGCUCUGUCUACUGAGGACAAGGAGUCGAUUUUGAAGCUUUUGGGCGAGAACUGA